AGAACCGGUAGUAAAAAAAAAAAUUGGAUUUCACCACUGGUCUGUAUUAAGUGAUGAAGGAUAAGAUACCUCUUUACAGCACAAUCACAAUCCCCUACAUAGCUUUUCCAGCAGAGACCAGAAAUGCUUCAGACUUUCAGUGGGAGGGAAAUGGAUUCACGUUGUCUUUACAAGAAUUCUUCCCAUAGAACCAGGGAGAAUUGUUGUUGAAGGAGAACAAGAUUCUCUGUAGUUCUAUCAAUUUGUUGUUGUUUUUUCUGUACAAGUAGUCCUUGACUUACAGCAGUUUGUUUAGUGGACUGUUCGAAGUUACAACGGCACUGGAAAAAAAUGACUUUAUGACCAUUUUUUUCACACUUACAACUGUUGCAGCUUCCUUGUGGUCAUGUGAUCAAAAUUCACUUGACUCACACUUAUGACAGUUGCUGUGUCCUGGGGUCAGGCGAUCCCUUUUUGCAACCUUCCGACAAGCAAAAAGUUAAUGAGGAAGCCAGAUUCACUUAACAACCGUGUGACUAACCUAACAACUGUGGGGAUUCGUUUAACAACCGUGGCCAAAAAAGGUCGUAAAAACGGGGGCAGAAUUCACAUAACAACUUCUUGCUUAGUGAUGGAAAUUACGGACUCAAUUGUGGCCGCACGUCGAGGACUACCUGUACCUCUCUGGAAAUAUCUUGUAAUGCUCAUGAGUUUCUUUAUGCAGAGCAGGAACAGAGGAAGAGAGAAAACCGAGGACCUCUUGGUGCAGUUUUCACCCUGUCAAGAAAGGAACCUGGAAAAUCAAGGAGAAACAAACAAAAUUCUACCUCUAUUGGAAAACGCAAUCAAAAUGGAUUUGUGGUACCUACCAGAGGACAGAAGAGUUGCUGAUGCGUCACAGCCUGAAUGGAAAGACGAGCGAAUUGGGCAGAAGAACCAAGAUGAAGAAAAUACCAGUUUGGCUGGUCAGUGGCAACGGUUGAGAAGCCUCUGUGGUAAGGAGGCCAACGGGCCACGAGAGGUUUGCAGCCAACUGCACUAUCUUUGUCGUCAGUGGCUAAAGCCAGGAAGAAACACAAAAGCUCAGAUGUUAGAUCUCUUGGUCCUGGAGCAGUUCUUGGCUAUCCUGCCCCUGGAGAUGAAGAGCUGGAUCCAGGAAUGUAGAGCUGAGACCAGUUCCCAAGCGGUAGCCCUUGCAGAAGGUUUCCUUCUGAGCGAAGCAGAGCAGAAGGAGCAGGGACAACUGCAGGUGAGAAAGAGUCGGAGGAUGCAAAACAGUUACUGAAUUUUUAACCGUGUCCCUUCUGGGAACCUAAUAACAUCAGUAGGAGAUUAAUCUCUCCUGGGGGAGAAAGUUUCUUAUUUUUAUUUUAUUAUAAAAGGUUGAUUGAUGAAUAUUAUCAAUUUAUUAUUGACUGAUAAAAUAAUGUAUUGUUUUGUUUUAUUAUUUCUUACAACAACGAUUAGGGGACUGGAGGCUAAAACAUAUAAUGAAUGGGUGCUGGAAUUGGGUAUGUAUAGUUUAAUGAAAAGAAGGACUAGGGAUGACUUGAUAGCAGUGUUCUAAUACCUAAGAGGCAGCUACAAAGAGAAGGGAGUCAAACUAUUCUCCAAAGCAGUGGUCACCAACUGGUGGUCUGUGGACCACUCGUGGUCCGCAGAACAAUUAUUUGCAUUUUUUAAUAUUGCACUAAAUCAGGAUUCCUCAAAUUAUGGCCCCUGGGACAGAUACGUGCAAUGAACGUUUGUGUUGCUACAGAGAAUCUCUCCCCCUUCGGGGUCUUUUUGUGUGGGUUGGAGGGGGACAGAAAUUCCGACUUGGGGUCUGCUUCAGCCUCCUAUUGCGGGGCUUUGCGCGAAGGCUGGAGGGAAGCGCCGCUGGUGGCAAAGAGCCGGAGGACCUUGUUCCAGUGGGACUGCCUCAUGGCCUGGAACUGACUGACCAUCUCAGCCCACUGAGCCUACAGUUGCCUGUACUUGGCCUUGCACUCCCGCAGGUCUUCCUUCUGCUUGGAAAGUCUAUUUAUUUAUUUAUUUAUUUAUUUAUUUUUAAAUUUAUAUACCGUCCUUCUCCCUGAGGACUCAGGGCGGUGUACAGCCAGAAUUAAAAAACAUGAAAUACAAAUAUUAAAAAACAAUUAAAAUAAAUAUAAAUUUGGCCCAAGAUUAAAAAUACAAACCAGUUAAAACAUUUAAAAUUUCUUCUUAAGCCAGCCCGGCUUGCUGGAAAAAGUGG